AUGACGUCAAUUGGUACGGGCUACGACCUUUCCAACUCGGUCUUUUCGCCUGAUGGCCGCAAUUUCCAGGUUGAAUAUGCCGUCAAGGCUGUCGAGAACGGAGGCACAGCUGUCGGCAUCCGAUGCAAGGACGGUGUUGUGUUGGCAGUGGAAAAGAUCAUCACUAGCAAGCUCCUGAAGCCCGGUGCCAAUAAGAGAAUCGCGACGGUGGAUCGUCAUGUCGGAAUUGUAUCCGCCGGCCUCGUCCCUGAUGGCCGUCAUUUCGUUUCCAGAGCCCGAGACGAAGCUUCCUCCUGGAGAGGCGUCUACAAGGGUCCCAUCCCGACCUCCGCACUCGCCAACCGCCUCGGCGGCUACGUACAAGCCUACACACUUUACUCAAGUGUACGACCAUUCGGAACAACCGCCAUCGUCGCUGGUUGGGAUAGCGAGGCAGAACUAGCGGUCGAUGGCCAGGUCGGCACGGGUCCAUCUUCUGGUUCAGGCGGCAAGGUUGAGGGUGCUAAGGGUGGUGGUCCGGGACUAUACAUGAUUGAGCCUAGUGGACUCUAUUGGGUAAGCAGCGCCAGCGCCCCCCCCCCUUUAUCACCCAAACCCCGACUAUCCCUGCCGGGGGGUUAUUACGGCGCAGCAACCGGCAAAGGCCGACAAGCCGCCAAAGCCGAAUUGGAAAAACUCGACCUAAGCUCGGGUAACCUCUCCCUAGCGGACGGAGUAAAGGAAGCUGCUCGGAUCAUCUACGUCGCGCACGAGGAUAGCAAGGACAAGGAAUUCGAGCUCGAGAUGUCAUGGAUCUCCUCGGUUGAUGGGCCCACCAAGGGUCGUCAUGAGGAGGUUCCUAAGGAAUUGCAUGAGGAGGCGGAGAAGGCUGCGAAAAGGGCUUUGGAGGGUGAGGAUGAGGAGGAGGAAGAGAAGAUGGAGGAGUAA